CUGUGUUACUGAUAGCAACAGUUUUCUUGUCACACAGCAGCACCAGGCUGAGAUUUCACUCCCUCUCUCUUGAGGCAAAAAGAUGAACGCCAUAAUGGACGCCAUGCAGGGCUUUGGGGUGAGCACCACCCACUACCUGCAGACCAACUACCAGGACGCUCAGGGUUGGUUUCUCUGGGUCUCCUGGGCGGCGGACCUCAGGAACACCUUCUUCAUCUUCUUCCCGCUUUGGAUUCACCUGCGUUCUUCGGUGGGCAUCAAGCUCAUCUGGGUGGCCGUGAUCGGAGACUGGCUCAACUUGGUGUUCAAAUGGAUUCUGUUUGGCGAGAGGCCGUACUGGUGGGUCCACGAGACGGCUCAUUAUGCAAACACACUUCGUCCUCACAUCGAGCAGUACCCCAUGACCUGUGAGACCGGGCCAGGCAGCCCCUCUGGCCACGCGAUGGGAGCCGCUGGCGUCUACUACACCCUGGUGACCUCCAUCCUCGCCAUCAUGACCAGCAAGAAGAAGUAUGGAGGCAAGAAAUCCACCAACAAGGAAUGGUAUCUGAAGGCUGUGUUGUGGACGCUGUUUUGGGGAGUCCAGGUGUGCGUCUGUCUCUCCAGGGUCUUCAUCGCCGCCCACUUCCCCCACCAGGUCAUUUGUGGCGUCAUCUCAGGUAUGAUCGUGGCGGAAGCCUUCAACAGAAUUCAGUGGAUCUACAACGCCAGCAUGAAGAAAUACUUCUACACGACUCUCUUCUUGACUUCCUUCGCCGUCGGCUUCUACCUCAUCCUGAAAGCUGUGGGUGUGGACCUGCUGUGGACUCUGGAGAAAGCCCAGAAGUGGUGCGUGAAGCCCGAGUGGGUCCACCUGGACUCCACGCCAUUCGCCAGCCUCCUGCGUAACAUGGGCACCCUGUUCGGCCUGGGUCUGGGCCUGCACUCGCCGCUGUACACCGAGACCAAGAAGAGCAGCAGCAAGCUGGUGAAAGCGGCGUGCGUCGUCAGCUCUCUGGUCCUGCUGCACCUGUUUGACUCCUUCAAGCCUCCCACGCACACCGCCGCCCUCUUCUACCUGCUGUCCUUCUGCAAGAGCGCCACUGUGCCUCUGGUCACCGUCAGCAUCAUCCCGUACUGCGUGAACGGAGCUCUGAGUCUGCAGAACAAGAAGGGACUGUGAGCAGUAAAUUCAGAUUAUACAGACUAAUGACAAGGAAUCUCUUCCUGAUCAAAAAACAACAAGUUUCCUCUGGUGCUUCAUAAGUCCAACUGAUCCUCAGGAAGAUCAACGGGACAUUGUGACUGGUGUGAUUUGGACGCUGACCUCUAUGAACAACAUUUGACACUAAGUGAAAGCACUAUCCAGGAUGCCCAGCGGCACUUACAAAGACCACUUCUGAAUUCAGCAAAAUGUGAUAAGCUGCAGCUGCUGCUGUGUUAAACCUCAUAUGCUAUUUCAACUGUAUUAGUAAUGUAUUUUAAAUGUUAUAGAAAGUAUUUUUUGAAACUGUUUGGAAUAUUUUUUAAUAAAAAAAAUCUUGAAAAUGUA